UAGAGACAGAAGAAGAGACAGGAGAGAGAGAGAGAGAGAGGAUUGCAGGAGAGAAAAGCCUCUGCAAAAGAGCUUUUUGACUCUCUCUCUUCUGCCCAUGGCCGAUUUUUUUCAUGAUUUCUUCCUAUCUUUUUCCCUUUUUUUCUUCUUUUCUACAUUUUAGCUUUUCUUUUUUGGCCUAUAAUAUCAAUACACAAACACAAUUGUACAGAGGAAAAAAUCAACAUUUUUCAGGAGUUGAUCUUGUAAAGCAUCAUGGGUAAUUGCUGUGUGAAACCCGGCAAAUCUGCUGAAAAAAAGAAGAACAAAAAGAGCAAACCAAACCCCUUUUCAAUUGAUUAUGGGGCAUCUGGGGGUGGAGUUAAGCUUGUUGUAUUGAAAGAACCAACAGGACAGAACAUACACGACAAGUAUGAUUUGGGUCGUGAGCUCGGAAGAGGAGAAUUCGGGGUUACUUACCUAUGCACUGAAGUGGACACAGGCGAUAAAUACGCCUGCAAAUCGAUAUCCAAAAAGAAGUUAAGGACUGCAGUGGAUAUCGAUGAUGUUAGGAGAGAGGUUGAGAUCAUGAAGCAUUUGCCUAAGCAUCCUAAUAUUGUGACUUUGAAGGAUACAUAUGAGGAUGAUAAUGCAGUGCACAUUGUGAUGGAACUGUGUGAGGGUGGUGAGUUGUUUGACCGUAUCGUAGCUAGAGGUCACUAUACCGAGAGGGCAGCAGCUGGAAUUUUGAGGACUGUCGUUGAAGUUGUUCAGAUGUGUCACAGGCAUGGGGUUAUUCAUCGUGAUCUCAAACCCGAGAACUUUCUUUUUGGUAACAAGAAAGAAACAGCUCCACUGAAAGCAAUUGACUUUGGGUUGUCGGUUUUCUUUAAACCUGGGGAACACUUUAAUGAGAUAGUGGGAAGUCCUUAUUACAUGGCUCCAGAGGUUCUAAAGCGUAAUUAUGGACCAGAGGUUGACGUCUGGAGUGCUGGAGUUAUACUCUACAUUCUUCUUUGUGGUGUUCCACCCUUCUGGGCAGAGACUGAACAAGGAGUAGCCCAAGCAAUUAUUCGUUCUGUGAUUGAUUUCAAGAGGGAUCCAUGGCCUAAAGUUUCUGAUAAUGCAAAGGAUCUUGUAAAGAAAAUGCUUGAUCCAGAUCCAACUCGACGUCUCACAGCUGAGCGAGUUCUUGAGCAUCCCUGGUUACAAAAUAUAAAGAAAGCACCAAACGUCUCAUUGGGCGAGACUGUAAAAGCAAGGCUCAAGCAGUUUUCAGUGAUGAACAAGCUCAAGAAAAAAGCUCUAACGGUUAUAGCUGAGUUUUUGUCUGCGGAGGAAGUGGCGGGAAUGAGGGACGCAUUUGAAAUGAUGGAUACUGGAAAGAAGGGCCAGGUAAACCUUGGAGAACUUAAAGAUGGUUUGCAGAAGCUUGGCCAUCAGACCUCUGAUGUUGAUCUUCAGAUUCUCAUGGAAGCUGCCGAUGUUGAUGGAGAUGGAAGUUUAAAUUAUGCAGAGUUCGUUGCUGUAUCUGUUCAUCUUAGAAAGAUGGCUAAUGAUGAACACCUGCACAAAGCAUUUUCAUUUUUCGACAAAAACCAAAGUGGUUACAUAGAAAUCGAAGAGCUGCGUUGUGCCUUAAGUGAUGAGGACGACAACACUAGUGAGGAAGUCAUCAAUGCCAUUAUGCAUGAUGUUGACACGGAUAAGGAUGGUCGAAUUAGUUAUGAGGAAUUUGCUGCGAUGAUGAAGGCUGGUACGGAUUGGAGAAAAGCAUCGCGACAGUAUUCUCGUGAACGGUUUAACAGCCUCAGCUUAAAAUUGAUGAGGGAGGGCUCGUUACAACUUGAAAACAAAGCCUAGGAUGAACAAAUCCAAAAGAAAGAAAUGUUAAGAGGAAAAAGGAAAAAUUUUCACUAAUAGAUAUCUGCCUCUUUUUUCUUUUUUUUUUUUUUUUUUUAUCUGCCAUCUAAAAUCCAUCUUAGGCAUAUCAACUUGUAACUAUUAGCCAAGCUUUAGGACUGUUUAUUCCAUUAUAUUUAAAUGUAUGAAUAGCUUUAUUUACUUGUAAAUAUAUUGUCACCACCCAAUUUAGGCUCA